GAGGAAGGAAAGCUGAAUCAUCUCAGUAAUUUUCUAGGGGACACCUUAACCAUUUCCAAAAUGCAAUAAGGAAAAAAGUUUCAUUAAAAUUUAAGUAUAUACCUUCUCUGGAAGUGUCUGGCAUUAAGGUAAUUUUUUUAAAAAGCAAUUAAAAUGGGGCCUAGAACUCCAAAUUAGUACCCAGAAUCUUUAGUCAAUACACAAAAGGCCACACAAAUAGGCCAAAUUCCCUGAAGACUGCCAUCUGUAGCCCAGGAAAUGUAUCUCCCAGUUCUGGGGGAGUGGUGUUUUCUCCUGCAAAAUAAGAUGUCCUGACAUCCUCCCUGAGGAAUAGUAGAGACACAGGUAUCAGAGUCCUGGGGCCCCACCCCCCGCCUUGAGCAUAGUGUUAAAAGAUAAAAUGAGGCAUAUUAAAAAUUGUAAAAACUUACUUGAGCAAAAAUCUAUUUGAAUCGGGCAACACCAAACUAGAAGUGGUUUAAAAGCACUUCACCAACAGGAGCUCAGGGAGAUGCUUUUAUAGAGAAAAGGAAAGGAAAUUAUUGAUUGGCUAUAGCUGAAAGCCUGGUUCACUGUAAUUGGUUGUCUCAGGUUUUGAUUUCGUAACCUGGAGGCCUUUACGGGCUUAGAUUAGGGUAGGCCACCAGAGUACCAGAGCCACCUCAGGCUAAUGACCUCCUUGCUAAAUUAAUUCAACAUAGUUAGCAAGAGGAUUUUCUACUUGGUUUACUCCAAUGCUUCUGAGUCAGGGUGCGUGGAGGGAAGGCCCGGGAUAAUGUCAAAUCACAGUCUUUUGUCUCCUCAGAGAGUAAAGUCCACUGGCAGGAGAGUCCAAACUGGCUCUAACCUCCUGGCCUCUUACAAUGCUCACUUGUUUUCACAGUGCAGCAGAAUGAACUGCCUUUAAAAAACAGAGUAACAUUCUAGAGAAUGGUAUAUUUUUCUUACCAAGGUGCCUCAGCUGUGGAGGAUUCCUUUGCUAAACACGUCAAAGUCAAGAGCUCACCCAAAGGACCAGCGGGUGAGUGAGGCGCUGCUUUCCCCAGGAUUGCAGAUCUGGGGGGAGGACCCCGAGGACAGUGCUAGGAGCAGCCACUCCAUCAUCAGUGAGGUGAAGCUUUCCAGGUAACUCGUUUGCAAUUCCUACCUGAAAUAAACUGAGUGAUCAUCUUAUCUUCACGCCAUUCAAACUGGUGGUAGAGAUUUUUCUGUGUUGGGUUUGACGUCCCUCAAAUCACACCCAUUCAUUAACUUUUCCUUACUUCUCCCUAGGUUCUCUCUGGAUUGUGAUUACGUAAAGAACAGGUAUAAGAGGGCAUUAUAGUCAGGCAGACUUUUACAUGACUAAGGACAUACUUCAAGAGAACUGUCAAAGCCACGUGGACUUGCCAGGUGAACCCAGGCAGCAGAGCCCCAGAAAAAAUCCCCGAAGAUGAUAUAAACUCCUGCUUGCAUUUGUGAAGUUGAGAUCAGAGAGUCUCUAAACAACUUUAGAAACAAGAGGAAUCAUCUAUUUUUUUAAAGGGUGAGCUAAAAAAUAAAAUGACAGUACAAGUGGUUUUAUACCAUAGAGAAAAAUAGUUUAAAAGUUUAGAUCCGUUUCUCAUCAAAUGAAUCAACUAUGUCUUGGAUUCACCACAGGGACCUUCGCAUUUAAAACGGACAAAGUAUCAUGUUGAAGAGGGAGGGAAAGGCCCGACCCUACACUAAAGCCCUGGAUGGAGGUUGGGGCUGGAUGAUUGUGUUUCACUUCUUCCUGGUCAAUGUGUUUGUGAUGGGGAUGUUCAAGACGUUUGCAAUUUUCUUUGUGGUUUUUCAAGAAGAAUUUGAAGGCACCUCAGAGCAAACUGGUUGGAUUGGAUCCAUCAUGACCUCGCUUAGUUAUUCUGCAGGUCCCCUAGUUGCCGUUAUCUCUGACAUAUAUGGAGAGAAAACUGCCUCCAUUCUUGGGGCUUUGCUUAUUACUGGUGGAUACCUGAUCAGCAGCUGGGCUACAAGCAUUCCAUUUCUUUGUGUGACUAUGGGAUUUUUACCUGGUUUGGGUUCCGCUCUUGUAUACCAAGCAGCUGUGGUGGUAAUGAGCAAAUACUUCAAAAAACGAUUAGCGCUUUGUACAGCUAUUGCCCGUUCAGGGGUGGGAUUGACAUUUCUGUUAGCCCCUUUUACAAAAGCCAUGAUAGAUCUGUAUGACUGGACAGGUGCCCUUGUUUUAUUUGGAGCUAUCGCACUGAAUUUGGUCCCUUCUAGUAUGCUCUUAAGACCCAUUCAUAUCACAAGCGAGAGCAAUUCUGGUAUUAAAGAUCAAGGUAGCAGUUUGUCUGCAAGUGGUCCAGAGGCCGUGUGCGGGACAGAAACCUCACACUGCAUUGAGACACAGGAGCCUUCCAUCAGGGACAGUGCUAUGCAGAAGGCUGGACGACCUGGUACAAGUUUAACAGACUCACAAAAUCGAAACGAAGAGUUCAACAAUGGGCCGAACAGGCGCCGAUUGUUCCUAAUAACUGAUGAAGAAAGUUUCGAGAAAAAGGCUAUUUUGUGGAGCUGUAAACAAAAAUUCUGUGGUAUUUCUCUUUUUAAGAAUCCUUUCUUCUACAUAUUUACGUGGUCUUGGCUCUUCAGUCAGUUGGCAUAUCUGAUCCCUCUCUUUCACCUGGUAGCCAGAGCCAAAACACUGGGGAUUGACAUGACGGAUGCCUCCUACCUCAUUUCCGUAGCUGGUAUCACUGAGUCAGUCAGUCAGCUUAUCUCCGGAUGGGUUGCUGAUCAAAACUGGAUCAGAAAGUACCACUACCAGCAGUCUUACCUCAUCCUCUGCGGCAUCACUAACCUGCUUGCUCCUUUAGCCACCACGUUUCCACUACUUAUGACCUACAUCGUCUUCUUUGCCAUUUUCUCUGGUGGUUACCUGGCACUGAUAAUUUCUGUACUGGUUGAUCUGUCUGGGCAUUCGAUAGUACACCAGUUUUUGGGACUUGCGGGUUUCUUCACUGGGAUAGCUGUCCUUUCUGGACCCCCUAUAGCAGGCUGGUUAUAUGAUUAUACCCAGACAUACACAGGCUCCUUCUACCUCUCUGGCACAUGCUAUCUCGUCUCUGCAGUUUCCCUUUUCUUUGUACCACUGGCUGAGAGAUGGAAAAGUAGAGUCUGACCAGAAGGAAAGAGGACUGUAAUCAACUGUGCGCUUAACAAAAGAAAAGCUAAACUAGUAAGUCACUGGAAACAAAAGAAAAUCUAAACAAGUAAGUCAUUGGAAACAAAAGCUUGGGGAAAAAGUUUCCUUGUUUGUAAAAGGAGAAGGCAACUGAGAUAGGUUUUAAGGUUCCUUGUUGCUAUAGCAUUCUGAGGAAUGUCUAGUUGGUAGUAAGAAAGAUGUAAGAGCAACUUACAUUAAAACAUUUGUUAGUAUUCAAUCAAAUAGGUUAAAAUUUUAAUUGAAGCUGUUACCUUAGGUAUUAAAUAAAAAUCAGAAUGUACUGUAAUAAUAAAUUAACCAAACUCAAUGUGCCAUGGUGAUUCAGUUUAAUAAAUAUGUGAAGACAAAAAAAAAAAUUUUUUUUCUUAAAGUAGUAUUAAACAUAGCCAUUGGUCGACUAGAACUCUGGAAUCUGAAUAUUAAAAUCUUGUUUAGUGACUGGAAUGUUAUACACCCCCCAAAAAGUUUAUCUUUGCUUACUGACUAGAGGUACUCUUUGUCUUCCUUUACUUUAUUUCUGAAAUUUUCUGUGAUAAACAUGUAUUGCUAUGUAAUAAAAUGAUUUGACUCAAAAAACUCUUCAUUUCAAGAUCAUGUGACUAGUACUCCUGCCCAUCCAAACAAUAUUACUUUUUCACUACAUCUAAUUAUCUAAAAUAUUCAAGCUAAAUAUCUAGGUGUGUCUUUAGAACUACAAGUUUUAUAUGAAAGUUGAAUAGGUGGCUUUUCGUGGACGAUAUCCUUAAACCAAAAGAUGUUCCUUAAACAUGGAAUAAUUACGUUAAUUAAUAAUAUCACUUAGACUAAGCAAUUACAGGUCAAUAGAAAACCCUUCAUUAUCUGGUGAUUUUAAUUAAAAAACACCUACAGUUCUCUGCAAUACCAACCUCCCUUUAGCAUUGCGUUCACAAUGCUGCUUAAAACUAUUACUACUAUUAUUAUUAUUAUUAUAUCCUUCCAUUUCUCUCUGAUUUAAAAUAUCAUCCCUAUAGAGAAAAACCCUAAACUGAAAGCCUGCUUUUAGCUUCAAAAUGCCACACUCUCACUCUCCACAUAUGCUGUUGGGCGAGCUUCGCCGCCACCUAGGAUCCCAAGGCUUGUCUUUCUCCACCAGGGAGUCUCACUUAUCCUUCACAAUCUGAUUCACUCAAAGGCCACCUCCUCUGGAAAGCCUUCCCUGGCAUGAAGUCAUUCUCUCAUCUGGAAUCCAGGUAACUAUCUGAGUACUAUAUGAGCUUACACGUCAACCAUUUCCAUUAGUCUGCAAGAUUAAUAAGAUGGCAGGUAUUUUAUUCAUUUUUGUAGUCCUCAAGGCCCAGCAUAAACUUUGGAACCAAAUUAAUCGGGGGCCAAAUCUCUGUUAUCUUAAAAAUAGUAGUUGGUCCUAUUUAAAUGUAUAGGGUUCACAUUAAAUGUAAAUGUCUAACAUACUUUUACAUUUUAGAUGUAAGACAAUAUUAAAAAAAAAAACCCAGAACCACCCCUCAUACACACAAACAGCAAAAAUACGUAAAAAACCCCAGCUCUGCCACUUGUUCCCAAUUUCUUCCUCUGUAAACUGAGGAUAAUACUGCCAAUCUACCUCACAGACGUAUUAUGAGGAUUGAAUGAAAAUAUACUGGUACGAAGCAAAAUAGCCCUCAGACACAGUAGCUGCUGAUUUCCUUUCUUCUGCUUUCUACAUCAAAAGAAAAAUAAAAUAAAUUAAUACUUUAUUAGGAAUCACUCUUUCAUCCUCCUUCCCUUUUGAGCAAUGAUUGUUCUCAAAAGAGCUUUUCCUCUUAUGAAAGCAAACUGUACAUUUUAAGUAGAACCAACUACAGAACUCUAAGUUGAGUUCUGAUUUAUGAAUCGUAUGUAGCAGCAGUUCUUUGUCCUACUCAAUAGCAAUAGUCCCUCUAACACCUGGGUGGUGUGGAUUUAGGAAAGGCUGAAUAAUCCCUAGACUACAGGAAGCUGAAGUCUUCUAUAACUAAUGCAUUCACUGUAAUUAACUCAUGAUGCUCCUGUUCAUUUAUUACUUUUCUUGGACAUUAUUAGAUGUCAACACAUUUCUGAGAACCCAUAAUCUAGAAAUACUAUCCCAGAUAUAUGUAUUGGGUUUCAAGAAAAGCAAAACAGGACACUGAUUUUCUUUCUCCUUUUCCCUCAAGAGGUCCUUAUGGGACAGAGAAUAAAACAAAUAUUAGACUUCAGUUAUACAAGCAUGUGUGUUUGGAAUGGUAGGGUGGUGAAUAACUUUAUUUCAACAUCUAACAUAUAGUAGUCACUGAGAUAGGCACAUUUUUAUAUAUUAUCUUAUUUAAUCUUCACAACCUUUAGAAGCAGAUCAUAUGAUGCCCAUUUUAUAAAUGAAUCAACUUAAGGUCAAAGAAUUUAAAUACCCAUUAAGCAGUGGAGUCACAAUUCAAAACACAUACUGACACAAAACCCUAUGCUUUCUUUCCUCUCUACAUCACCCUUGUUUUUUGGCAGUUCCCCGAGAUUAUGAAGCUAAUUUAAUUGAAAGCAGUUAUCUUGUAAUAAAUUUGUUCUAACUCAAAUUGGCAUAAAAUUUUAAUAUCUAGAUUGAAAUAAAAAUGCAAAGUAGCCAAGAACCAAAACAAACACAUCUGCUACACUGCAAUAACAAUGUAGUUGUUAAGAUAACUUUUUUAGGUCUUCCAUUAUUCACUGAACCUGACCAAAGAAGGUAGUGCCUAAGUAUAGGCCACUUAUAAUUCCUUAAUACUAAAAUAUUAUUAGCAUUAAUAAAUAAAUAAUUCAUUUCUAAUCAAUUUAUAAUAAAUUAUCAGCCUUGAAAUAUAUAUCAAUAUUAUGUAUUUUACUUAGAGCUAUGAUAACUUGAACAUAAAAGUUCAGUAUACUUUCGUCUCAGCUAGUUACUGGGUUAUAUUUAAAACUUACGAUAACUAUUUCUUGCUGCUCUUACUCUGAAGAACAUGCCAUAUUAUCAUUGUUAACGAAGGAAUUUUCUAUAUAGGUCAUUAAACACUAUUUCUGAUACUAAAAUUCUAUAUACUUUAUAGUACUUUUAACCUUCCCCACCUAGUAUCUCAUUAUCAUCAGGUCAACCCUGUGAGGAAGUUGAAGAGGUAUUAUUAUUCCUGUUUUAUACAUAAGGAACAAAAAAAAUUAAGACCAAGUUAUUUGCCUAAAAUUACAAAGCUGGUCCUUGACAGAGCCAAUUCUGAAACCUAAUUACCAGUGUUCAUUAGAUCAUGGCCUUUGGCUCCUCUUCUUUAAUGAGUCUCUAGGAGUUUAAAAUUUAAUAAAAGCAACAAUUAUGUUUAAAUGGACUGAAAUAAUUUUGUGAUCUUUUCAAACAAUUUAGGCAUAUUAACAUAUGUGAUCCUAACUUUGUAAAAAAUUGGCUCCUUAGUAAAAAAAUUUGCCUAAAUGUAAAAUCAGCUUUUUCCAUGGGAGAAAAAACACACCAUGUGUUAUUAUUAUUUGAUUUUAACUGGUUUUGAGAGACAUAAUACAAAACUUAGGCAGUGGUUUCUCUGAAGACCUCAACAUAAAACCAAAGUCCAAUACUUUUUAAAAACCUUGAGUGGUUUUUCUUAAGCCAGAAUCAACUUGUUGGAGGUUUUAUAUCUACAUAUGUGGCUAUUCUUUUGCCACAAAUAUUUACCCAAUUGCCUCACAUUUAUCAACUAUAUAGGGUUUGACAUAUAUAUAAACAAAUAAAACAUAACUGGAAUGAACUUUUAAAUACACCAGUUUAAAAUUCAUGUCUUAUUUCUGUGAGAGGUAAGCUGGCAUUACCCAGGACCACAGAGACAAAUAUGACAAUCAUUUUUCAAAAAAAAAAAGAACCGAAUCCCUGGUACAUUCUGACAGAAGCUGGUAUAUUGUAAAAUCUCCUUCUAUCCAAAAUGAUGAUCCAUAAAAACCUAGUGAGGCCUUUUUAGGGACGCAGAGAAUAAACUAAGAUAGGGCGACCAACUGUAUGAGUUUGGCUGGAAACAAGGGCACUCCUGGGACUCAGGACUUUCGGUUUUCAAACCAGGAUGAAUUGGCCACCCUUAUGCUAAGGAAUGGAAAAUACAUCUGGAUGUCUGGAUACUUCAUAGCAUGCAUCCGAAAACUAAAGUUUUUUCUAAUUACCUCCUCCAAAAACUCACAAAUUCAAUUCUAUUUUUACCUCAUUCAAGCCACAGUGAGCAAAUAGAAACUAACAGGACACACACUGGUAGUUAAGGAAGAGAGACAUACAUGUUUAAUGAGAAUCGACUUUUAGGCAUUAACUGACCAGGGACUUGGAAAUUUUAAAAAAUGAAUUCACUUUCCCUAUUGAAAAACUUCCAACUUUCACUUCUUACACUAUUUUUACAACACUGAUGGUUUAUAUUGAAAUCAAGCCAAGAUGUCCUAUUCUGUGGUGACGUCAACCAACAUUAUUUCAUGUUCAUUUAGCAGGGAAACAUCUCUAACAACAUACUUAAGAGCAGUAUGUUAGGACCAAGGAAAUGGCACAGGUAUGUUUUAAAGGACAAGAGCUAAUACUGUCUUCCUUCCAAUAUUGCAAAGCUGCUCAGUUUAGUAUAUAUUAUUUACAUACACCAGUCUGUAGAUCAGAAGAGUUUGUCACACUUGAUUAAACAAUGUCAAGACUAAAUGCCCCGACUAUGCAGCAUAGCCCUCUGAAGCCACAGCAAUAAGAUGACUCACCAAUUGGCAGGUGUCUUAGGUUCUAUGAAUAAUGGGUGUCUGGCUGGACGAGAACAAAUGUUUGUGCCCAACAGACGACCUCAUCCUGCUCGGCUAAGAGGGGAGAAAGGCUUAAAAAAUGGUUAGCAUAGUACUUGUUUUAUAAUGUAAAGAAUCAGACUUUGCUCCAAAGAAGAGACUUAUAAUUCAUGCAGACUUUUAAAAUGUCCUCUGUGCAUUUUAUAUGCCAUUUUAUAUUUUCACUUAUCAGAAGAGUACAACAGAGUAAGAGCUAAAAGAAUAAAAAUCAAUUUUAUGACCCCCAAAUUAGAAAUACUAAAAGUGAGAAUUAUCAUACUGAGUUCACUGCUUCAAGAAAUUUGAAGUCAGAGUCACAAGAAAAAUAAAUCCAUAUUUAAACCCUCCUAUUGUUUAAUGACUUGAUGUCAGUUUCCACUCAAGUGCAAAUCAGUUCAUAUUUGAGUUCUAGUUCGCUGAUGGAUAUCCUUAUGUGAAAACUGACAGCAUGCCAGUUAAUAAGACAUGGGUUUAUAAAUAUGGAGUUUAAAAGAAACUUACCCUUUCCCUUUGUGCAGCUCUGACUUCCAACCCAGUUUCUAUAGAAACAGGAGGACAAGUGCCAGUGACAGAAGUCUGACAAUUAGAACUCAUCUUUUAGUUGUUGAAUAAUAAAGCCAUAUCCCAAAGUCGGCUAUAGGUUUCUGAUUGU